GGCGCAGGGGCUGCUGGGUAAUUUCACCCACAUUCAGGAAGAAAGAGACGACAGUGCUGCUGAUUCAGUCUGCGAACCUGCCGCUGCUGCCCCGCGGAUUCACUCACUGACAGACAACAAGUCGAGGACUAAAUCACUGCUCUAUCGGUUUGAUCAGGUAUGGCGGAGUUGGCGAGUCUGGUGCAGCGGUUGGAGGUGGCCGUGGGCCGCCUGGAGGCCAUAGGGGGUCAGGGUGGUGCUGCGUCAGGUGCUGCUGCAGCAGAGUACGUGGAUGCAUUUGAUGAGAUCAUCAACGGCCCUGUGGCUGAGUACCUCUCCCUCAGCCAGAAGAUAGGGGGCGAUGUUCAGAAACACGCAGACAUGAUGAAGCAGGCCUUCUCUGCUCAGAAGCAGCUCCUGGUCGUGGCCUCGUCCUCCCAGAAGCCCUCUGAUGCGACCAUGACGUCUCUGCUGCAGCCCAUGUCCAAAAUCAUCCAGCAGGUGACAAAUUUCCGUGAGGUUCAACGCACCUCGCCGUUCUUCAACCACCUCUCUGCCAUCAGCGAGAGCGUCCCUGCUCUGGGAUGGGUCGCCAUGGCUCCUAAACCUUGUCCCUACGUCAAAGAGAUGCAGGACGCUGCCAUGUUCUACACCAACCGUGUGCUGAAGGAGUUCAGGGAGAAGGAUAAGACCCAUGUGGACUGGGUGAAGGCCUACAUCUCCAUCUGGACUCAGCUCCAAGACUACAUCAAAAAGUACCACACCACAGGACUGUCCUGGAGCAAGACUGGUCAGGUGGCCUCCGCCUCUGCAGCUGCUCCUGCUGCUCCCGCAGGUGGAUGUCCUCCACCUCCUCCCCCCGGACCUCCUCCUCCUCCCAUGGACUUGAGCGCCACAUCCGGCGGCGGUGGUGGCAGCGACGAUGAUCGUAACGCUCUGUUUGCGUCCAUCAACAAGGGAACUGCCAUCACCAAGGGUCUGAAACAUGUGAGCGACGACCAGAAGACCCACAAGAAUCCCAACCUGAGGAGUGGGGGACCUCAAGUCCGUUCCGGACCCAAACCCUUCGCUGCUUCCGCCUCCUCCCCCAAACCUGCCGUGUGCCCAGCUCCGACCCGGGCCCAGCCUCCUGUACUGGAGCUGGAAGGAAAGAAAUGGAAAGUGGAAAAUCACGUUGGAGUUCAGGACCUGGUGAUCAGUCAAACGGAGCUGAGGCACGUGGUCUACGCCUACAAUUGUAACAAGAGCACCCUGCAGGUCAAAGGAAAACUCAACUCCAUCACCUUAGAUAGUUGUAAGAAAAUGGGUCUGGUGUUUGACGACGUUGUGGGCAUCGUAGAGAUCAUCAACUGUAGGGACGUCAAGAUCCAGGUGAUGGGGAAGGUUCCCAUCAUCUCCGUCAACAAGACAGACGGCUGCCACAUUUACCUGAGCAAAGACUCUCUGGACUGUGAGAUCGUCAGCGCCAAGAGCUCAGAGAUGAACGUCCUCAUAGUCAAGGAGGACGGAGACUACACGGAGUUUGCCGUUCCGGAACAGUUCAAGACCGUGUGGGACGGAACCAAACUGGUCACCACAGCAACCGAAAUCGCAGGAUAGACGCUGCGGUCCCGCCCGCUCCUCCACGACACAUCAUCACCUCCAUCACCAGGCGCCCCCACCUGACCGACCGGUGUCCCACCAGCUGUCGCUCUGUAAACACUGUAGACUGAGAUCUGGACCUCCCGUGUUCCAUCUCCUUUUCCCUUUUUCAAUUUCCCCGUCAGCCAAUCACAGCUUCAGCUCUCCCCUUCCAUCAGCCAAUGAGAGGACCGCUUGCUUUACCUGGAGCAAAAUCCUCCAGCCAAUCAGCUGGGAGCACCUUGUCUCAAUUAUGAUCCCAAUUAGGACGUCCCUGUGACACAGGGAGCACAAAAAGUUUUGCCAAAAGCCAUGCUCUUUAUUUGUUGUUUUUUUCUGCAAAGAUACAUUUCAUAGAAAGAACAAAAGCACUGCAGCCAAUCAGGGUCUUCUCUAAGUAAAGCCUGGUUCUCUGUUUUCAUGAUAUGCAAUUUGCCAGUGAAGCUCUUGUCAGACAAAAGCAUCAAAGUAACCGCCCUCAUCGUCGUCAUAGAAACCACUGUUAUCGACUGUAGAUGAAGUAAGUGUAGCCGUCAGUAACGAUGUUCAAACAAACUCGUCAGCACUAAAGAGCACAGACAAACGAGUAAAAAAAAAACAACAAAGUUUGUGAAAAAACCACCACUGUAAAAUCUACGUACUUCACCUUUACCUUAACUUUACGCUGCUGGUAGAACAUUCCACGUGAAGAGGAGGCCGUCGAUGAGAAUGAGCAGAGACGUGAUCACAGUCGAGGGAAAGACUAACAAAAAAAACAUAACAAUUACAGUCAGAAUUUAGAAUCUCGACUUCUGAGUUGGAAAAGAGUUAGGACAAAAUGUUUUAGCUAAAAUUUUGACUUUAAUCAUGGAAUCCUGACUUUAGUCAUUUCUGCCUUUGAUCUAAUAUCUACCAACCCUAAAACUAGAAUUCUUGAAAAUUCUUUAGGACCAAAACUUUACCAAGGAUUUUCACAUCAAUCUGACAAAAGUAAAAGUGGAGAAAAAAAUCCAUGUUCUGAUCCAUUAUUUUGGUCGAUUUCAAUGUUGAGCAAAAUGGAAGAAAAAAAAAAAAUCUCCCUUUCUCUGUCUCUAACCCCUGAACUGUCUCCCUCUCUCUCUCUGUCUUAUUCUCCCUGUCGUUCUUCCUCUUUUUUCUCAUUCCUUUUUUUUUUAUACUGUUUCUAAUUUUCUUUGUCUUUGGUCCAAAUGUCAAAUGUCUGCUCAUUAAUACUGAAGACGUCAUUAAAUAAAGUCUUGCAAUAAAAA